UGAUCAGCGUGAAGCGGGAUCGCUGGAAACCGGCGGGGCUUUACAAACCAGGACCAUUCCCAUGGCAAGGCUGCGGUCGGGGAUUUGACUCCGUUCGCUGGAAGCCACUUGACCUCCCCCCGCCGCUCCUCCUCACUCAGCGAUGUAUUAUUCACUGCUCUCCGCCUGCACUUGCCUAUGUUUACACUUCCUGCUGCUGUGCAUCCAGGUACAGAUGUUUGUUGCUGAAGAGAAUGUGGACUUUCGGAUACACGUGGAAAAUCAGACACGAGCACGAGAUGAUGUCAGCAGGAAGCAGCUCAGACUCUAUCAGCUCUACAGUAGAACGAGUGGGAAACAUAUUCAAGUGCUAGGUAGACGGAUCAGUGCCAAAGGAGAAGAUGGAGACAAAUAUGCCCAGCUUCUAGUGGAAACAGACACAUUUGGCAGUCAAGUCCGGAUCAAAGGGAAAGAGACAGACUUUUACCUUUGCAUGAACAGGAAAGGCAAGCUAGUAGGGAAGCCUGACGGCGGCAGCAAAGAGUGCGUCUUCAUUGAGAAAGUGUUAGAGAACAACUACACGGCCUUGAUGUCUGCGAAGUAUUCAGGCUGGUAUGUUGGCUUCACCAAAAAGGGCAGGCCCCGGAAAGGGCCUAAGACACGGGAAAACCAGCAAGAUGUUCAUUUUAUGAAAAGAUACCCAAAGGGUCAAGUGGAGUUACAGAAACCUUUCAAGUAUACCACAGUGACCAAGAGGACUAGGAGAAUACGACCCACCAACCCCAGUUAAAGGAUAGAUAAAGACUGUCGUGCGAAUAAACUACAAAAGAUAGACUGUACCAGAGAAAUAUUUUUACACUAAAAAUAAGGGAGAAGCUCUAUUUUUGUACAUUGUGUUUAAUUUUUUUUUUUUUUAAACUGGAUUAAAAAAAACGCUGGGGAAGCUGUCAAAGAUUUAUUGUAACUUGAAGAAGAAAAUGAAUGGCUCUAUUUAAAUUGACAUUUUUUGUUUUUGUUUUUGCUGUGGAUUGACAUACAGGUGCUUAUUUCUCUUUUGGAAUGGACAACUUUUCCAAGCCAAUCCCCUUGGGUUGGGGGGAAAGUUCAUCUUAAAAUUAAAAAACAACAACAAAAAACCCACCACACAUUGCAAGCCAAAGAAAACCAAAGUUCUUUUCCCAAAGCCUCUGAAACCCUUGGAUAAUUCUCUGGUGUUGCAGUGAUCUCUUUUAUUGUCUGCUGCAAACUCGACCGAGACAAGAUGGUCUGCGAAUCAGUCAUUGAGCUUCCUUGGAGAGCUCAAAACCUCAGUCCUUUGUAACCUUUCCGACGACAUAAGGUGUCACGGCUCUGUGAUCCUGCAUUAUGCUCACUUCUGGAAAAUGCUGCUAACUACCUUCAAGUGACUAAGUAAAAUAACCUAAUACACCAAUGAUAAGGGAAUAUUUUAAAACCAGCUCUAUUAUAUAUAUAAAUAUAUAUUAUAUAUAGAAGCUAUUUAUUUCACCUCUCUGUAUAUUGCAGUUCCAUGAACCAAGUAUUACUGCCUCAACAAUUAAAAAACAUUAUUUAAAACACAUACAUGUAUUACUGCUGUUCACAUGUUCCCCCUCCCCCAGCUUUUCACUGAACUACAAUGAGACCCUAAAACUUGCUACCUGGGGUUGAGCUUGUUGAUGAUUUAGAUUAGAGUUCAGAAUUUGCCAUCAGGAAAGCUGGGAGCCUCAUUACUCCUUCUCCUGGCCCACAGAAUGAAUUUCAUUCCGUAAUAUUUACUUCCUGAGAAAACUGCUGCCUUGUCAGAGUACAGGUGGAGUUUCAAAAUGUGACGUGCAAAGGAUUGUGUUUUGUUUGCUGUUGUGCACACCUUGUUCGGCCUGAGCAAGCCAAUCUGGGUGCAUCAUGGCAUGAAAUGCUUGGUGGGGGCGGGGGGAGAUGGGCUCCAUUCUCAAAGUGUUGUCAGCACUCAGUUCUCAAUGGCAGCAGCUUAUCUAAGUCUGUCCUUGGUCAGCCAGAGGCUGCAUUGACAAUUCCUGUCUGAACUGGAAUAGACCAAAGUUGGAAAGAACUGCCGUUAAGAACUGAAGGCAGGGCUGGAGCAUUGGGUCCACUGCUCUACCGAGUCAAUGUGUUUAGGAUCUGCCUGCCAGGAGCCGCCAUCGUCUGCAAAUGGCUGCCAGUUUUUUCACCCCGGUUGGAAACACAUUGACAGGGACUUACGCUCCAGUGAAAAUCACUUACCUCUGAGUGUAAAUGUAUUUAGGAUUGAAGUGAAAGUCCAACAUAAGCAUCUCUGUAUAGUCUGUAUGUAAGCUAUCAAGGGGAGUGCACUGGAACCGGUCCUGUACCUGGGACAUGGGCAAAGGGACAGCCAGACUAAGUGACAAGGGGGCUAUUGUGCUUACCUCCAGAAGUUGAUGUACGUUGUUAAAAAUGCACUCUUAGUCAAAAGCCUUUUAAAAUAAACUUUAUUUUCCUUAAA